AUGCCUUACGUCGACCUCUACAGUUCCGAUGACUACGCCGCCCUCUGGUAUACGACGAACACACCCUACAACAAUGUCGGUGGCUUCGAUCCGAGCAAACCGUCGAUCAUGAUCCUGCACCCUAUGUUUUUGUGCUCAAAAUGGUUAGACAAUCAAUUCGGAGACUUCAGGCUGGAUUAUGGGUACAACCUCAUCGCGUUCGACAUGCGGGUAGCUGGAAAGUCUGUGUGUCGGCCGAGUGGAAAGCAUGAUAGCUGGGUGGAUGCGGCGGACCUGGCAUUCGCAGCGAGGUCGCUUCACCUUCCACCAGUCCACGUUCUCGCCCUCGAGAGCAUCUCGACGCUCUGCGCAAUGCGAUUCGCUCUAUUGUUUCCCGAAAUGUGUCUGAGUCUCACACUGAGCAAUAUCCCGGGGCCUUUAGAACGAGAUAAAUGGUUUACGACAGGCCUGGAGGAGCUACUGCAGUCAUGGUGUUGCGCCAGUGAUCUCGAGUCCUUUGAGCACAUCGCCAAGGAGGCGACGAGGUUUGUAGCUGGGCCGUCAUGCGAUGAUCCAGAUUUAAUAGAUGAUCUCAUAACCUAUUGGGAAGUCGAACUCCCACCGACCAAGAGCCAGCGAAUAGCUGAGCAAUUGAAUAUACUCCUCAAUCGAACACCUCUGUCAAACGCAGCCCUUGGGCGCAUCACUCAACCCGUCCUAGUCCUCCACGCCGAGCGGAGCGAGAGCUGUCCCCGGAAAUACGCCGAUCGUCUCGCAGAAAAGCUUGUCAGUGUUCAAGGUGGUGCCGUGGUAUACACAGUAAAAGGUGUGGCCGGAAGCUUGAGCAUAAUCCCUGGACAUGCUUCCAUUGCAAAUCAAGCCUUCGUCAAAUUUCUGGCACGAUUGCCAAAAUCACGGUCCGACAUAAGGCCCCCUGAGGUCCCCCUCCAACAACGCAUGCAACAGGCUUUGGACACCCUCGCAGAACUUGUCGGCGAUGAGACCAUCAGGCAAAGGAACCCCCUGUCGCCCCUGUCGUUCUCUGGUUUAGCCCCAGACAAGGUCGCGAGCCAGUCAGAAACGCUCGCGCACUACGGAGAACUCCAGAAGACCGCAUUCACACCACUUAGGCCUGACGGUGUCCCCGCGCGGAAAUACUCCGAACGAAGGAACUAUCAUUGGUUCCAAAGCGAGCGUAACGGGCUGUCGUAUGCUGGUGCUUCCAUACCAGCAACCAGCCGCCAAACAAAAGAACCUGAGCUCGAAUUACUCGACACACGCGCUCCCCUUCCGUCCCUCGACUCUCCGCCCCCGCCAUCCCCCCCUCCAGUGCAGUCUAGCUCGAAAGGAAAUAACCAAUUUUCCGGGAAAGUCACAGAAUUGCGCGUGCGCCGCACAACGGUAACGAUGUCUGGGCCGGUAUCAGUCAACAAGCUUACAGGUGUGCAAGUCCCCAUGGCCCGUGUUAUCGGAUCACUCCCAAUACAAAAAUCCAUCAUGUGA